AUGUGGGCUGCAGACUCUAUGUGCUCUGCAGGAAUAAUGACACUUCCAGUUGCCACCCAAUACGAUGCUGGCACUUUCUGGCCGGUAAAGGCUUGUAGUUCUUCAACCGUAUGGCGCGCUGCAUGCUCGAGGAACCGCCGAACAACCUCAAGUCCGCUAUGGUACGAGAAAUGCGCAGCAGGCUCUGUUUUGACAGGCUUCUUGCCGAGAUACUACUCAAAAGAGUAUUGUGUUAGCAUUGCGUGGCCGAAGAUUCAGAGCUUCAAGGGACUUACAUGCGUUACGCCGGUAGAAACGGCAGUAAAGGAGGCAUGGAAAGCCACCGAAAGGAUGUUGAAUGGCAUUUCUAGGAACAAUCCAAUCACCAACAGUGAAUAUCAAGCCAUUGGAUAG